GGUGUUGGUGGAAUGAGCGUUGCGUGUGUUUUGAAGAGAAAAGCAGUACUCUGGCAGGACUCGUUCAGCCCCCACCUGAAACAGCACACUCAAGAUACAGCUAAUCCCAACAUGCCUGUUGUAUUGACAUCUGGAACAGGGUCCCAGGCUCAGCAACAGCCAGCUGCAAAUCAAGCGCUUGCAGCAGGGACACACUCCAGUCCUGUUCCUGGAUCCAUAGGAGUUGCAGGCCGCUCCCAGGACGACGCUAUGGUGGAUUACUUCUUCCAGAGGCAGCAUGGUGAGCAGCUUGGGGGAGGAGGAAGUGGUGGAGGCGGCUAUAAUAACAGCAAACAUCGCUGGCCUACUGGGGAUAACAUUCAUGCAGAACAUCAGGUGCGUUCCAUGGAUGAACUGAAUCAUGAUUUUCAAGCGCUUGCUCUGGAAGGACGGGCUAUGGGAGAGCAGCUGUUGCCGGGUAAAAAGUUUUGGGAAUCUGAUGAUUCCAGCAAAGAUGGACCAAAAGGGAUAUUUCUGGGAGAUCAGUGGAGAGACAGUGCUUGGGGAACAUCAGAUCACUCUGUUUCCCAACCAAUUAUGGUUCAGAGAAGACCUGGUCAGGGGUUUCAUGUGAAUAGUGAAGUCAACUCAGUGCUUUCACCACGGUCAGAGAGUGGAGGACUUGGAGUUAGCAUGGUGGAGUAUGUGUUGAGCUCAUCUCCUGGAGAUUCCUGCCUAAGGAAAGGAGGAUUUGGGCCAAGGGAUGCAGAGAAUGAUGAGAAUGACAAAGGGGAUAAGAAAAAUAAGGGCACAUUUGAUGGCGAUAAAUUAGGAGAUCUGAAGGAGGAGGGGGAUGUGAUGGAUAAAACAAAUGGUUUGCCUGUGCAGAAUGGAAUCGACGCAGAUGUCAAAGACUUCAGCCGUACACCUGGUAAUUGCCAGAACUCUGCUAGUGAAGUAGAUCUUCUGGGUCCAAACCAGAAUGGAUCAGAGGGCUUAGCCCAGCUGGCAAGUACUAAUGGUGCCAAGCCGGUGGAGGAUUUCUCCAAUAUUGAGUCCCAGAGCGUCCCUCUGGAUCCCAUGGAGCACGUUGGCAUGGAGCCUCUUCAGUUUGAUUAUUCUGGCACUCAAGUACCUGUGGACUCGGCCGCAGCCACCGUGGGGCUCUUCGAUUACAAUUCCCAACAGCAGUUGUUCCAAAGACCGAACGCACUUGCUGUUCAACAACUAACAGCAGCGCAGCAGCAGCAGUAUGCAUUGGCAGCUGCUCAUCAGCCUCACAUAGGUUUAGCUCCUGCUGCCUUUGUCCCCAAUCCAUACAUCAUCAGCGCUGCUCCACCGGGAACAGAUCCCUACGCAGCCGGGCUGGCCGCAGCUGCAACAUUAGGCCCAGCAGUUGUUCCUCACCAGUACUAUGGAGUUACACCCUGGGGAGUUUAUCCUGCCAGUCUCUUCCAGCAGCAAGCUGCUGCAGCUGCUGCUGCAACUAAUUCUGCAAAUCAGCAGACAACUCAGCAAACCCAGCAGGGCCAACAACAGGUUCUCCGCGGAGGAGCCAGUCAGCGUCCUUUGACCCCAAAUCAGAACCAGCAGGGACAGCAGACUGAUCCGCUGGUGGCUGCCGCAGCUGUCAAUUCUGCCCUUGCCUUUGGACAAGGGCUGGCAGCAGGGAUGCCAGGUUACCCAGUGCUGGCUCCUGCUGCUUACUACGACCAAACAGGUGCUCUCGUGGUGAAUGCAGGGGCCAGGAAUGGCCUGGGGGCCCCCGUCCGUCUGGUAGCCCCCGCUCCAGUCAUCAUCAGCUCCUCUGCAGCGCAAGCAGCAGUUGCAGCGGCUGCGGCUUCAGCCAAUGGUGCAGCGGGUGGCCUGGCAGGAACAACAAACGGACCAUUUCGCCCUCUAGGAACUCAGCAGCCCCAACCCCAGCCCCAGCAGCAGCCCACCAACAACCUGGCAUCCAGCUCGUUUUACGGCAACAACUCUCUCAGCAGCAAUUCCCAGAGCAGCUCACUCUUUUCUCAGGGCUCUGCCCAGCCUGCCAACACUUCCCUGGGAUUUGGGAGCAGCAGCUCUCUUGGUGCCACGCUGGGGUCUGCACUGGGAGGAUUUGGAACAGCAGUUGCUAACUCCAACACGGGCAGUGGCUCCCGCCGAGACUCCCUUACAGGGAGCAGUGACCUGUACAAGAGGACAUCCAGCAGUUUGACACCUAUAGGACACAGUUUUUAUAAUGGCCUUGGGUUUUCCUCUUCUCCUGGACCUGUGGGAAUGCCUCUGCCCAGCCAAGGACCUGGCCACUCUCAGACUCCACCACCUUCCUUAUCUUCACAUGGAUCAUCUUCAAGUUUAAACCUGGGAGGGCUUACAAAUGGGAGUGGCCGUUAUAUCUCUGCUGCCCCUGGAGCUGAAGCCAAGUACCGCAGUGCAAGCAGUGCCUCCAGCCUCUUCAGCCCCAGCAGUACGCUCUUCCCCUCCUCUCGCUUGCGCUAUGGGAUGUCUGAUGUUAUGCCCUCUGGCCGAAGCAGACUGCUUGAAGACUUUCGCAAUAACCGGUACCCUAAUUUACAGCUGAGGGAGAUUGCUGGGCACAUCAUGGAGUUCUCCCAAGAUCAGCAUGGAUCCAGGUUUAUUCAGCUGAAACUGGAGCGUGCUACCCCAGCAGAACGUCAGCUUGUGUUCAACGAGAUCCUCCAGGCAGCUUAUCAGUUGAUGGUCGAUGUAUUUGGAAAUUACGUCAUCCAGAAGUUCUUUGAAUUUGGCAGCCUGGAACAGAAGUUAGCCUUGGCAGAACGUAUCCGUGGGCAUGUUCUGUCCCUGGCUCUGCAGAUGUACGGCUGUAGGGUGAUCCAGAAGGCCCUUGAGUUUAUUCCCCCCGACCAGCAGAAUGAGAUGGUACGGGAGUUGGAUGGCCACGUCCUGAAGUGUGUGAAAGACCAGAACGGUAAUCAUGUGGUGCAGAAGUGUAUCGAGUGUGUGCAGCCUCAGUCCCUGCAGUUUAUCAUUGAUGCGUUUAAGGGACAGGUUUUUGCGUUGUCUACACAUCCAUAUGGCUGUCGUGUGAUCCAGAGGAUCCUUGAGCACUGUCUUCCUGAGCAGACCCUUCCCAUCUUGGAGGAACUUCACCAACACACCGAGCAGCUCGUUCAGGAUCAGUAUGGGAACUAUGUUAUCCAGCAUGUACUAGAACAUGGUCGGCCUGAGGAUAAGAGCAAGAUUGUAGCAGAAAUUAGAGGCAACGUGCUCGUGUUGAGUCAACAUAAAUUUGCUAGCUGGUUGCUUCUAGCAGUCUCUUCCGACCUAGUAACCCAGUUCCGCACUCAGGGCGUAGCAAAUGCUUCUAAAAGCCGUCGAGGUGUCCUGCAGCAGCGCCGUCGGAUCCGGCCUCACAUCGCUACUCUGCGUAAAUACACCUAUGGCAAACACAUCUUGGCCAAGCUGGAGAAGUACUACAUGAAGAACGGGGUGGACCUAGGGCCCAUCUGUGGGCCACCAAAUGGGAUCAUCUGAGGCAGCAAACUGGGGAGGAACUCACUGGCCAUCCGGCAUCUACAACCAGCAACCGACAAUAUUCCAGUAUACAGUUAGAAAAGGUUUUAUGGUUGCUAAACUGCUAAAAAAAAAAAAAAAAAAAAAAAAUUCUUUAAUUUUAUUAUGCAUAACAUGUACUAAUUAUUUUUUUUAAUUAACUAAUUGCCCUGCUGUUUUACUGGUGUAUAGAAUACUUGUACAUAGGUAUCAAAUGUACAUGGAAGGCCACAUUUUUGUUCACUGUUGUAUCUAUAUUCCAAAUGUGGAAACUUUCAGGGUGGUUGGUUUGAAGAAAACAAACAAAACAAAAAUGUUUUUAAUUCAUCUGCCUUGCAGGCAACUUUUUUGCAAAUACCUGUUUUUUCUCCUUUUAGUCAAAAGUCAGCAAGAAGUUUGAAUUUUAGUUAAAUGGCACAAACAACGCAUUUAACGCUGUUUAUAAAUA